CCGCUGCUGCAGGAAAGGGAGGGGGCAAGGCAGGAACAGGGCAGGGGCAAAAGAAACACGCGAGAAAGGCGGCAAAGGCACGCACCACGCGUUUGGCGGACGACAAGUCCUGGCCGGCGAAGUGAGGGGUAUGUUUGGGGCUUUGGACAAGGUCAACGAACAGCGCGAGUGUCGAGCGUGCCGCAAGUUCAUUGGGUGGGCUGAUGGCAGCACGAAUGCCGGGAAGCGGCACAUGGAGCGUUGGCACAUGCCGCAUUAUCAGAUUUGGAAGCGGCUGUACAUGGUGGAAAACAGGGCGCCUGAUCUCGAGUUUCCCUGAGAUGGUUAUCCGGGUGUGCCUCACAGCGGGGAGGAGUGGCCGCGGGCCGCAUACUGGCCGGGGUACCCACCUGGAGAGGAGGCGCCACAGGGGGAGACGGUGGAGGGGGGGCAGCAGGACAUGCGCCAGUUCUACACUGCCCGAGUCUCUCCCGCCCGUCUGCAUGCAGCCCUUGUUGAGCUUUUUGCCGACGCUGACUUGGCGUACCGCCUAGUGGAUCGGCCAGCGAUGUUGUUCACCACUGACAUCUGGACGAGUGUGGCCAGCCAGGCGUUCAUGGUGCUGACUGGCCACUGGAUCACCAGUGACUUCCAACUGCGGCAGGUGGUGAUGGAGUUCGAGCAGCUGCACGGCUCGCACACUGGGCUUCUGAUAGCAGAGACAUUUGAGCGGGUCUUGACCUAGUGGGGCCUCGUACCCCACCUGUUCGGCGUCACCACCGAUAAUGCUGAGAAUAAUGCCAAGGCCAUGUGGCUCCUCAUGGGCGAGGACCCCGGCCUUGGUCGCGACCCCAUCCUCAAGGAGGAUCGGCACUUCCGGCAAGUGGUUGCACACAUGCGUCUUUCUUGUCAGAUGCCUUGGCCACGUCGGGAACAUCUCAGUUCACGCGGCCACUGCCAUCCCCGAGGUCUCCGAGCCCCUGCGCAAGAUGCGGGACAUUGCAAGCUUCAUCGGCAUGUCCACCCAGCGCACCGAGAGGUUCGAGGAUGAGUAGCGGUGGGCGGGUGGUGAUGGGGUACUCUAUCUUGUGUCGGACACGCCGAGAAGGUGGAGCUUAACUUACGAGUUGGUGGUGCGCGCCAUCAAGCUGGAGCCGGCGCUUGCUCUCCAUUUCGCGCGCGCCGAGGUACGCAUGCCGCACUUAGCAUGACAGUGCUCGUAUUGUGUGCUAACAGUCUCUCCACCGUGUGCAUGGAAUGACCCUUCCACUAUUGGCCUACUCCAAUGCCCGUUUUAUACAUAACCAACCACGCCUUUCCAACACAUUUCCGCUCUUCCCGCCCCGGGCCGGUGCCAGGGCUAGCGUGCGCGAGAAAGUCCAGAGCCUUCAGCCCACCGAUGCUGAUUGGGAGAUUCUGACAGAGUUACGUGAUUUCCUCCACCCAUUCGCUCGCGUCACCACCGCGGCUGGAUCCCCACCGCCUUGCCAGCUUGAA